AUGGCCGAACUUUUCGACAAGGCACCCGAAUUGUCUCCACCCUUCGUAAACGUAACAGGCAUCGCCAACUUCCGCGACAUUGGCGGCUACAGCACAUCCUCGGCAGACCAAUCCAUCCGCUCAGGCCUGGUCUACCGCUGCGCCGACCCCAGCAAAGUCCAACCGGACGGCCUCGCAAAACUGAAAGAGCUGGGAGUAAAAAAAGUCUUUGAUCUACGCAGUAUCCCCGAGAUCUCAAAGCAAGGACCUGAAUGGGCUGGUGUUGCUAUCGAGAAAGAGGUGUUUACGACCAGAGAAGAAGGAGACGAGCGACCUGUUGCUGCAGACGAGAUUGAAAGGAUCUGGUGUCCGGUAUUCAAGAACACGGAUUAUGGGCCUGAGCAGGUUGCCGGUUUCGUAAAAGCAUACUCGGAUAUCAUGGCAAACGGUCCUACAGCCUACAAGACCAUCCUUUCGCAUCUGGCCCAACCAAAUCCUUCUCCGUGUAUCAUCCACUGCACGGCAGGAAAAGACCGUACUGGCGUUAUAGUCGCUAUUCUAUAUCUCCUCUGCUCUGUACCCAGCAACACAGUCGCGAAAGAAUACUCUCUCACCGAUACUGGGUUACAGCAUUUGGUACCUCUGUUUACCGAGCGCUUGCUCAAGAAUCCUGCACUCAAGGACAAUGAGGAGGGUGUCAAGAAUAUGAUUUCUGCACAGCCUGAGAAGAUGGCAGCGACCAUUGAGAUGAUUCAGAAUGUCUAUGGUGGUGCGGAGGGUUAUGUGAGGGACGUGGUGGGCUUGAAUGAUGAGCAGAUUGCUCAGAUCAGAAAGAAUCUCUUGUCUGAUGAGAAGGCUGUGUUUUAG